GGACUGCAAGCGCCGAUAAAGCUCACCAAUACCGACAAAUAACGCUUACGGUACACUUGGCCUGAACGGUCAACUUGAUUUUGUUGUCGCCUUAAGUGUACACGUUAUUUUUGAGAAAAAAACCUAAUAAUAUACAUUAAAAAUCACUUGCAAUUCGUUCGAUAUUUCGCCGCCCGACAAAGUUGACUUUUUGCCGGAAUUUCGAAACUUACAAAAAGUGCAAAAUGGACCCAAACGUAGCGGCAAAAUUGCAAUCUGGAUGGAGCUCGCUCGCGUCGUCCGAUAGCAAAUCAUUGUUGAAGAAGUAUCUCACCAAAGAAGUGUUCGAAGAGUUAAAGAACAAAAAGACCAGCUUCGGUUCGACCCUCUUGGAUUGUGUUCAGUCUGGUUUUGAAAAUCAUGACUCUGGAGUCGGUAUCUAUGCGCCAGACGCCGAAGCUUACACAGUGUUCGCACCGAUAUUCGACCCAAUUAUUGAAGAUUACCACAAAGGUUUCAAACCCACCGACAAACAUCCGGCCAAAGACUGGGGAGACGUGAACACGCUUGGCGACUUGGACCCAGAAAACAAAUAUGUGAUUUCCACACGAGUGCGAUGCGGUCGUUCGUUGGUUGGUUACCCGUUCAACCCUCUUCUGACGGAAACGCAGUACAAAGAGAUGGAAGAGAAAGUCUCGUCAACGCUGAAAGGACUUGCCGGUGGCUUGAAAGGAGAUUUUUAUCCGUUGACUGGCAUGUCCAAGGAAGUGCAACAGAAAUUAAUUGACGACCAUUUCCUGUUCAAAGAAGGAGACAGGUUUUUGCAAGCAGCAAACGCAUCUCGAUUCUGGCCGACCGGCCGAGGCAUAUUCCAUAACCAAGACAAAACCUUCCUCGUGUGGUGCAACGAAGAAGACCACUUGAGGCUGAUCUCUAUGCAGAUGGGAGGAAACUUGGGCGAGGUUUACAAGAGGCUGGUGACCGCCGUGAACGACGUUGAGAAAAGACUUCCGUUUUCUCACCACGACCGCUUGGGCUUUUUGACAUUCUGUCCGACCAACUUGGGAACGACCAUCCGGGCUUCGGUUCACAUACAAUUGCCCAAAUUGGCCGCCGACAAAGCCAAACUGGAAGAAGUUGCCGCCAAGUAUAAUUUGCAGGUAAGAGGAACAAGAGGCGAACACACGGACGCCGAAGGUGGAGUUUAUGACAUUUCAAACAAGAGGAGAAUGGGACUGACGGAAUACCAAGCUGUCAAGGAAAUGAACGAUGGAAUAAAAGAGCUGAUCAAAAUCGAAGAACAAUUGUAAUGCUUAUUAAAAAAAAAGUUAAUAUUUAUUUUCAAUUGUCAAAAUUCUAGUCACAAUUACAAUAACGUGUAGCCAUCGCUUUUUAAAUUAUUCGCACCCGUUAUUUAUUUCAAUUUAUUUAUUUGUUUUAAUAUUAUGUUAAUAGUGACCAACGAAAAUAGAUUUAAAUUAUUCUUAGGUACCUACUGGUCUACUAUAUGAACCAAAUACUAUACAGCAUGUUGUCUACCUGAAUAGGUAUAGAUCUGAUUUUAAAAUUGUUUAACUAUUUUAAUAUUAUAUUAUUGUACCGCUACCUGUGUCACAUCUAGUCCGUAACGUUGAAUUAUAAAGUAUAUUAUUGCAUUACAAAAUGGCUCAAUAAAAUUAUACAAAAAAUA